AUGUUAAAUCUCUCUAUCAAAAAUAUAUUUGAAUUUUUAGACAAGAAAAUAGAUGGAGUUAAAGAAAAUCUAUUGAAAAAUAUAGGUAAAUAUGAAUUUAUAUAUUUAGAUUAACUUUAGGGAUUGGGAAUACCUGAUAUCUGUAUAAUUACUAAAUAAUAGCCUCUUAAUUUAAUUAAAUCAUCCUUUGAGACCUUAACAUCAUUUCAUUUUGUAUAAGGUUUAUGUCCUUAAUCAUAAGCAGAUGUUUUUGCUUAUCUACUAACGAUUUUACAAAAUUAAGAAAAAGCAAAGUAAACCUUGUUCUCUAAAAGUUAAAAUAUUACAAAAGUAAAAUAUAUAUCUAUGCAGUUAACUUAUCUUUCUUAUGACAGUUUUAGCAAAACAAUUUUGGUGUGCGAAAUUUAAUUAGAAGGUGAAAAAAAAUAAAAUAUAUUUGGGGUUCAAGAAAAUUAAAAAUUCAUUUUGCCUACUAAAUAUCAUUGGAAAGGGGCAUAUAUAAGUAAUAUACUAAGAGCUAUUGAUGAAGAUCUUAAGUUGGCAAGUGUAGGUAGAUUCUUUAAUAACAUAAACUUAAAAAACAAUAUUAAAUUAGGAUAAAUGAUUUAUUCACUUCUUGAAUUAAUCACAAUUAAUACAUAAUUUUUUUAGAAUUUUGAUAAAAUAAGUUCAAACUAAUGUUUGUGUGAUUUUGAUGAUAUUUUAUACUAUAUAUGUUGGCCUUUAGGUAUUUUGGUCACAUACUUAGUAAAAUCUAAUUAACUUUAAAUUUUAAUAAAUGAAUUAGAAAAUAUUUAAAAUAAUGUUGCCUUUUAUUUAAUUAAGAGUAUUAUUUUCUAUAAAAUGAAGUAGAUUUUAAAUUAAAUUUAGAUAAUAUUAAAAGUCUUUAUCUUGUUUAGUUAAUAUAACAUCGAAUUACUCUCAAUUAAAUUUAAUAAAAUAUUUAUUUGGAAAAAUUUUGAUUAAAUAAGGUAAAUUUUAGUAAGCAUUUUUGUUAAUUUAAGAAAUUUUAAUAAACUGUUCUGAAAAUUAGAUAAUUUGGAUUACAUUAGUAAAAAAAUCAAAUAUUAUUUUAGGCUUCAAUAUUUAGAAAAUAAAAUAAUUAUCAAGUCUGUCUUAGCUUAUUAAACAAAGCAGCAGAUCUAAAAGUAAUGAAAUAGAGAAAAUAAACUUGGAUUGAAAUGUAUCUUUAAAAUUAUAGAGUGUUAACUCAAGAUUAUUCAAUAACUCAUUUAGAUGAUUUAGAUAAAAUAUAUACAUUAAUUAAUCCUAUUGAAGUUGAUUAAAUUGAGAGUUUUACUUAAUUGAGUAAUUAUCCUAUACUUGAAAAAUUAUUAAUGAGACUUAGGGUUUAAGAAAGAAAAGAAUUAAAAGUAUUAAAAUAUUUAUAAAUAGUAAUGGCAUAUUUAAGCAUAAAAAUUAGUGAAUAAUUAGGCUUAUAAAAUUGAAUAAUAUGUUUAUGAUUUCAUCUCUUAAAAUGAACUACUUUAGAAUAAGAAUAAACUUUCAGAAUUUCAAAAAGAAAUUAUUAAACUUUCAAUUUAAGUUGGUCAUAAACAAUUAUAAAAAUAUUUAUAAUAUUAUUUCUAUUAUCCAACUAAUUGUUCUAGUUCUUCACAUGAUAAUUAUAAUAAUAUCGAUAAUGCAUUCUUCGAAAUUAGAUUUAAAAAUAAAAGUGUAAGAAAAAAUUAAAAUGAUUUUGCAAAAGUAAUAUUAAUAAUUUAUAUUUUAGAGAUAAAAUAAUAACAAAUCAGUUUCUUUAAAUGAACUUGAUUCAGAUGAAGAAGAUUAACCUGAAUUUUUAAAUUAUAUUUUAAACAAAUCUUUUGAUUUUUCAGAAUCUGUUUCAAAAAAAAAUUUAUAAAAAUCAAAUUACAAAUAGAUACUUCAAAAUUACAAAAUUUCACACCAAAAAUAUCCAAAAUUAGCAAUAAAUAACUAUUAGACAAUCCAAGAAAAUGCUUUCGAGAGUGUUGAAUCUUAAAGGGAUUAUGUUUAUAAAUUAAAAGGAAUUAGAAAUUCAAUUAUGUAAAAUAAUAAUAUUAGGCAAAAUUUUAAUGAUAAUAAAACAUAAAAAGUAUAAAUUUAUGGAUUAAUUCAUCAUCUCAGUAAUAAUAUAGAUUAAUAAAAAUAAACUGAGAUUGGAGAUAUAAUGAAAAGAAAAAAAGAUAUUUUAAAUCCUUUACUUAAAGAAUUUAUAGAUUAUAUUUCUUAGACAUAAAAUAUUCUAGAUGAAUUAUUUUACAAAAAUAAUCAAAUAAUAAAUCUUAAUUAAAAUUCUUAACAUAAAUCUAUUCAUAAUUUAGAAAAAUAAACAUCAAAAAAAAAAUAAACAUAAAUAUUUAUAUCUUCUUUAAAAGAAUCUUUAAAAGAUAAAAAUUAUUAAUAAAAAUAAAUAGAUUUAAGAGAUUUUUAUACUAUUUAUGGAUUUUAAUUUAAUGAAUAAAAUGAACAAGAAACAUAUUUAUAGUUUACUAAACAAGAAUCAAUUUUUUUAUAUAAUUGUAGCAAAAUUGCUAAUAAACUAAAAUAAUAAAAUUUAUCAUAGAAACUUUUAUAGAAAUUAAGUAAUCGUAUUAUUUCAAUUUAAGUAUCUUAUUCUCUAUUAGAUACAUAUAAGGAUGAUCAUUCUUAAUUAAUUUAAAUGUAUUUAUUUAUAUAAAAUAAAUAGAAUAUCAAAAAUAAUACUCGAUUUCUUAGAAUGUGGGAUCUCUAAAAUAGUAUCAAUUCCUAUAUGGGUUGAAAUUCAUUUGAUUAGAUUAAUAAAAUUAAAAGGAUGUAAUUAUGUUUUAGGAUUACUAUGUACUCUAGAAGAUAUUGACACAUUUUAAUUGCUAAAGAAAAUAGUCUUGCAAACAGAAAAUUUACUUUGA